UAUUUCAAAAAUAAAUAAUUUAGAUAUUCCGGAAUCAAAAUCAUGUCAAAUGAAGUUGUAUAUUAUGGAAAGAACCUAGAUGUCUUGAAAAAUAGUCUUUUAAACUCUUUUAAUAAUUCAAAUAUCUCUGAAAAAAAAACUACAGAAAUGGUUAAUUUAGAAAUACAUUCUCAAGAAAAUAUUGAAUAUUUAUUAAAGAGGGCUCAAGAAAACCUUGAAAAACUUUCAAAGGAAUUACCUGUUUCCGAAAAAACAAAAGAUUCUAAAGAUAUUCAAAAUAGCAUUGCUGCAUUAUCAGAUCAUCAUAAUAUUGAACCUAAGUAUAUAUCAACAGUUGGAAAUGUUAGUUCCUUAAAUUCUACGGUUUUUGAAAAAAGUUAUAAAGUGAUCUAUGAUGAUGUAAAUCAUAUAAUUGAACACAAACCAUUAUUAAGCAAAAAAGAAAAACGUAAGAAACAAGAAGAAACAGCAGGAAAAGAUUGGUUUUAUAUGCCUAAACCUGAAUUGACACAAUCUUUAAAGACUGAAUUACAAAUAUUAAAAAUGAGAAAUGUUUUGGAUCCAAAAAGACAUUAUAGAAAAGAUAAUUCUAAAAAACCUCCAAAAUACUUUCAAAUAGGAACAACAAUUGAUGAUGUUUUAAAUACACCUAUGGAAGAUUUUUUUAAGAAAAAAACUAAUACCAUUUUGGAUGAAAUUUUAGAGGAUCAGGAUAAACGACAAUAUUUUAAAAGAAAAUAUCAAGAUAUUCAAAAAAUUAAAACAUCGGGUAAAAAGGCAUAUUAUAAAAAACUGAAGGAAAAGCGAAAACCUUUUUUUUAAUAAAUUUAUUUGUAAUAUUAGAAAAACAAAUAUCAUUAGACUUAAAAUCACA